AUGGGAAUGGAAUCAGAAAGAUUUUUGAUCGGCUGCGGAGAAGAGAACACCGAAUUCAUAUCAUAUGACGUACUUUUAGACAAGAAGGAGUUUGAAAGUGGAGAUGAAGCUGUAGAUGACAUAUUCUCUGAAAAUGUCAUGUUUGUUAUUGAUUUUUGUUGGUCUACAUUGAUCAUAUCUAUCGUGGACUCCGAUUCAUUCAUGUAUUUUGCCGUUGAAUUGUCUGGAAUGGUACUGAUUAAAUUUAAAAAUGCUGCAUACGAAUAUACUGAGGAGAGCAGCGAAGCCAAAACAGCUUCCAAUAAAUGUGAAUCAUGUGCUGGCACAGUAUAUGCGUUUUUAGCCCCUUGCAAAGAAUUUCUUGUAAAAUCCGUCAAUGAUAUAUCUAUAUAUGAGGAACUUGUAGAUGAAAUUGAUUGUGGUUCUGAUAAGAAAGGAACAGUUGAUGAUGAUGUUUCUGAAAAUGGUUCUAUAAUUAGCUUGUUGUCGAGUAAUAAUGAUGAAGAUAAUGUAGCAGAAGGAGCUAUUGUUGAUAAAAAUGAAGAAUUCAAAGGCAGUAAUGUCGUUGCUGAGAGUGAUGUUGGUUUCUCUAUUAGCGUAGUCGUUGUCGCUAGAAGUGUAUCUGGUAAGACUGUUUUUGAUGGCUCCAACUCUGGAGCAAUUGUUGAUGAAUGUGUAGGUGAUGGCAGUGCUAUUGGUUGCAUUAUUAGUGGUUUUGUAGAUGGAAUAGUUGCUGUAGGUGGAAGACUUGUUGAUUCCAAUGAAGGCGCAGUCGUUGUUGCUGUAAGUGUCCUUGCUGUAAUCGUCGUUGGUUUCACUGUUGUCCAUAAAUAUGAUAGUGAUGACUGCAUUGCUGGUUGUAUCGCCAAUGGAAUAGCAGAUGGUGGCAGUUCUACUCUCAGUUGUGGAUAUGUUGUUGUUCCCGACGCUGGUAUCAUUGCUGUCGAUAGAUGUGUCAAAAACAUUGAUGCUAACGAUGGGAAUAUUGCUGGAUUUAAAGUUGAUGUAAUUGUCGAAGUGAAAGGUGCUUUUGGCGUAACUGUCGAAGUGAAAGAUGCUUUUGGCGUAACUGUCGAAAUGAGAGAUGCUUUUGGCGUAACUGUCGAAGUGAAAGCUGCUUUUGGUGUAACUGUCGAAGUGAAAAGUGCUUUGGAUGUAACUAUCGAAGUGAGAGGUGCUUUGGAUCUAACUAUCGAAGUGAGAGAUGCUUUUGGCAUAACGGUCGAAGUGAAAGGUGCUUUGGAUGUAACUUUGGAUGUAACUAUCGAAGUGGGAGAUGCUUUUGGCGUAACUGUCGAAGUGAAAGGUGCUUUUGGUGUAACUGUCGAAGUGAAAGGUGCUUUUGGUGUAACUGUCGAUGAAAUUGUUGAAGAAAGAAAAUUUGGUUUUGUUGAUGAUGCUGCAGAGCUUGUUAGUGAUGACUCUGAAGAAAAAGUAAGCUGUGACGUGUUAUUUGCAGGUGAAUCUGGUUGCAAGGUUGCUCUAAGCUCAUAUGCUGAAGUUUGGGUAGAAGUGAAUAUCAUUGUACGGUCGCUAGAAGUGUAA